UGUUGCCACGCCAGAGAAAACAUGGCGCUAGGCGUAUUGUGACGCGAAGAAGUUGGUUUCUAGCUCUACGCAGUGAAAACUGACAUUUUAAGUUUAUUUGCACAGAUAAAGCAAAACAACAAAUAGUUUGUGCACAACACGUUUAAACUGUGAAGACUUGAUCGGAGAAGGUCUAAUUCGGAGUAUUGGGAGGAAUCCAAGGUUGAGGGACAUUUUUGACAGCUUUGUUCCUUUUUCCUUCAUGGACAUCCAUUUAGCAGGACUUCAUCAACUGUCUGGAUCAGACUGUCGGCAAAAAAGGCAACCCGAUUCUCUUGGGUAAGUCCUCUAGCGCACAUUCUACCCACUACCCAACACAGGAAGAUUGAUCACCAUCAGAGUCGAUUGUUGUUGCUCAGCCGGAACCGAAAAAAAGCCAUUUUCCUAAAUAGUAAAGAUCAGACAAAGACAUUCUCCUCCUACCGGCCUCUUCCCGUACAAAUAUUCAGUCACGAUUCGAGAUAGAAUCGUUCGAACUUCGAGGUCAACAUUUAAAGAAUUCUUUAUAGAAGUAUUGAAGCAUCCGACUUGAGGGAGUGUUGGCCAUUUGUGAUUCACAAACUUUUGUCUAUGAUCUAAUGCAUUCGGACGACGAAGGAAGUACCAGCAAAUUCGGCAGGAUGGAGGACGACAAUAUGCAAGACAAGGAGCGGUUUGCCAGUAGGGAGAACCAUUGCGAAAUCGAGCGCCGAAGGCGCAACAAAAUGACGGCUUACAUCACGGAGCUGUCUGAUAUGGUGCCCACUUGUUCAGCACUGGCCCGCAAACCAGACAAGCUGACGAUUCUUCGAAUGGCUGUAGCCCACAUGAAAGCUCUCCGAGGAACGGGAAAUACAAGCGCCGAUGGGACCUACAAACCUUCCUUUCUCACGGAUCAAGAAUUGAAGCACUUGAUUCUUGAAGCAGCCGACGGCUUUCUUUUUGUGUCGGCUUGUGACACUGGCCGUUUGAUUUACGUUUCCGAUAGUGUGACUCCAGUCCUCCACCAAGGUCAAAGUGACUGGUUCGGCUCUUGUCUGUACGACCACUUGCAUCCGGACGACGUGGAGAAAGUCCGUGAGCAACUGUCUACCCAGGAGCCUCCUAAUGCCGGUCGUAUUCUCGACCUAAAAACAGGAACGGUCAAAAAAGAGGGGCAUCAAUCAUCUAUGCGGUUAUGUAUGGGUUCGCGCCGAGGGUUCAUCUGCCGAAUGAGGUUGGGGCAAGUGUCACCAGAUCCUCUUACAUCACCACCAGGCCCUCUACAUCGACUACGCCAACGUUCCGCCUUAGGUCCCUCGCGCGACGGCCAUCAUUAUGCCGUCGUUCAUUGCACAGGAUACAUCAAAAAUUGGCCGCCUAGUGGCGUACCGAUGGAUCGAGGAGUUGAUGACGAUUCUCACUCUGGAUCUCACUGCUGUCUAGUGGCCAUUGGUCGCCUUCAGGUCACUUCUACUCCAAAUACUUCUGACCUAGUUGGAUCCAAUUCCGCCGCAGAGUUCAUCUCACGUCAUUCGGCUGAUGGCAAAUUCACUUUUGUUGACCAGCGUGCACUCAAUUUGCUCGGCUAUUCUCCUCCUGAACUGCUGGGCAAAAUCUGCUUCGAUUUAUUCCACCCGGAAGAUGUCAGCCAUAUGAAAGAAAGUUUUGAGCAAGUUCUCAAACUGAAAGGCCAGGUGAUGUCGGUCAUGUACCGAUUCCGAUCAAAGUCGCGUGACUGGAUCUGGCUUCGAACAUCUGCGUUUGCUUUUUUGAACCCGUACACUGAUGAAGUUGAAUAUAUCGUCUGCACCAAUACGUCGGCCAAAUCUUUGCACCAUACUGGUGAUGCGACUGUUUCUGGAGAAGUUUCAGGAACAGUAGUCGAUCCCACAGCUGUUGGGGCGACAAGUAGUGGGUUGGUGUCUGCCUACGGUCACGCCAGCCAAGAUUACGGACGAAGCGCACGUGAAGUUUAUCAUGCACAGUCGCUGUCUGAAGGUCAAGGACGCCCGAAUAGUAAUCAGACCAUGUAUAAUCCUUCAGCUGCUGCCUCGUCACAGUACGAAACAGCGUCAGCACAGUCUGUCGAAGGUUCAUCCAAUUCUGUGUUGAACCGAAUACCCUCGGGUGGCAGUACGAAACAAUCGCCAAGCCCUACCGCAUCGGCAGGAAGUACUGCCUGGUCAACACACGCUACUGCACCGGGUGGCUAUUCCGCUUACGAAGGAAUAAGCCCAUCAAGAUCUCCAGGAGGAAGUUCUGGUCCAACUUACACGCAGCUAGGCAGCUCUGCAACAACUGGCCGAGCUGGAUACCACCAAAGUUCAGGACUUUGGCACUGGCAAUCACCCGUAGUUCCACCCGCGGAAUCUAGCCCGAAUAACGGAGGUCCCACUGGCGGAGGGGUUGCAGGUGGUGGAGUUGGUGUGCCAACUACAUCAUCGGCCAGUCAUCCUCCUCAAGGAUCUGAAUUAGUGACGGACAUGCUUCAGAUGUUGGAUCACUCUGGUGCGUCAGGUUUCGAAGAUCUGAACAUGUUUUCGUCAAACUUUGAGUAACGUUAAUCCCCUCCCCCCUCUCCCUCCCCCUUAAAAAAAUAGUUGCAUCUUUUGUGCUCCUACUGCAUGUUGUAUUGUUGAGGUCAUUCAUCUCCAUCCUUGAGAACUGUUGCCGUGCACUCCGAGCGUAUUUGUUUUUACCCAUAUGUCCCUCCCCACACCCAUCAACAUCGGAGCGGCAUGCCAUAUGAGUGCAUUUUUUUUUUCCUCUUUAAAAAUUAAAUUUGUUUUAUUAUGCAUUGAGCAUUGUAAACAAGGGCUUUACUUUUCCAGUUCUUUAUUUUAACGAAUAACGUCAUUAAGUGGGUCUCAAAUUCUUGACCAAUAAGAAAUCAGCAGCACCCGAAUGUUUUAUAGUUCAAGAGCUGGCCCACCACGAUCCAAUUUGCAUUUCUUUUCUAAAGAGAGAAUUGAUGCUGUUUCAUGUUUUGUCAAUUUUCUUUCAAAAUUGAUUUAGUUUGGUAGCUUAUUUUUUUUUUUCUAAAUGGAAUAGUGCAAGUUUUUUUUAAUAGGUAUGAAUGUUAAUCUUUUUUCUUUCUUUCUGUUUCAUCACGUAUUGAUAACCAACCCCUUUGUGCUCAUGAUUGAAAUUGAGCAGCUUCUUGAAUGUGAAGGCGAAUCGGAUAACCUUCCUUCUUGUCGAGACAAUCGUCACCUGUGGCGUUCCGUUUACACACUCACCUUCUCCCUCAAUAACCCUAAUUUCUCCUCAGUAAUUUGGAAAACUGUCAAGCCGUGAAAGUGGGAAGAAAAGUUGGAGUUGGCUUGUUUUAGGAUCUCGUCGAAACAUCAUGCCAUCAUAUCACCUCUCUGUUUUUCAUUUUCGUAAAGAUCAAAAUAACUAACUUCACUUAUCUACCCACCACAUGUACUACCCCAUCUUCUUUUCUUUCUUUUUUUUUUUACUUUCUCCACUUUCCCUCUCCAUCUCUUUUAACAGAUAGACAAUACGUGAACCCAUUCCUAUUGUGAGCUGCACAAUCUUGAUCUAGUACCGUCGUAAUAUCGUAGACUCGAAACAUGCAAUUAUAUAUUUUAUGAACUUGAAUGAAUGAUGUUGUCUAUGA